GAUCCAGGAAUCACAAAUGGAAUGAUCCCUUCAUCAAGAUGAGCCAAUCAGAAAAAUAAAGGGUCAGGGCUUUUUCAUCCAUUCACUUCAUCCUUUAGCGGCGUUUACCAUGCUGCAAAUACCGCAAAGAGAAGCCCUAACAAUCUUAGGAUUAUUUAACGCACCAAAACAAUUCCUUUUACUAUUUAUUCCUCCUUCAACUGUCCCACUCCAAGACAAUCAUCUUUGUGAGAUUAUUCAUCCUCGUUCCUCAUCCAUUGAUCCUAAGACAUUGCCUUUUCUGCUCUCACGAUCACAAUGUCCAGAACCGAAAUCGAGAUUCAGUCUAUCCUCUCCACCCUCAACUUUCUUUACUGGCGCUACACCGAUCCCUUCACCCGCAUUACCCAUAAACCCUACGGCAUUGAUUGUAUAUACGUCGAGAGCAGCGUUUACCGUCUUCUCGUUUUGCGCGGAACCAUCACCAUGGGCGAGAAAGUUUCUGAGGAUCCUUGGGACUUGUAUUUGAACGAGUACGCGCCUGCUGGCACGCGUCGCUUGACUUCUUCGGGCCAGAAUCAGGGCCAGGUUGUUCAGAGUCCGAUCACGAUACCUUCUACUACUUCUGCUUCCACUACGACCGCGUCUUACGAAGGCCAGGGUCGGGGUCGUCAGCUUGCGAAUUGUGAUGGACAGCAGCAGCAGCAGCAGUCACAGCGCCGUGUCCGUUUCCUCGAUACUCCUAGUCCUGCUCGCGGCAGAGCUCCUCGUCGCCUUCCGUUGAGUCCUGCUCCUAACGCGCGCUUCCAUUGAGUCUUUAUCGGUUACUUCAACACGCGACAUUGGAUUAGCUUGGAUUGACUUUUGUGAUUACUUUGUUUCUGGACUGUACAUAUACCCGUUGGCAUAUUACGAUGCUUGGAUAAUGAUCGAGGACGAUUAUGUGUCGGAUUUGAAUAUGGAUACGAGUUGGUCAUGGCCCAUGUUUCUCUCGAUGUAUUUAUCUUGUCAAAAAUAAGAACAGCAUGACUUCUCUCGAG